CAGUCAGACAGAACAGGUCGGUUUUGCACAGUUGCCGUGGUCGUUUCCGUCGUCAUCCAGGUAGUUGGACUUUAUUGAUCCACAGUUCUCGAUAUAAUUUUGUGCUAAGUUAAAAGUUAAGGUGGUUAUCAUUUGGUAAGAGAGUUUUUGUCUUCAUUGAAUUUGAUAGGGGUGCUGCAGAAAUUUUUGUUAAUAAUAAUUUGAUCGUGAUCUGAAGUGUGACAAGCUUUUAAUCCAAAAAUGUGUGUCGGCUAAUGUGCCUCAAUUUUAUACCUACUAAUUGAAUAGUUUAAGUUGUAGUCUUCAAUGCAGUUAUUUCGUAAGAAUUCAUGUAGUAACAUUAGUAGAUAAAAGUUAAUGAAAGUUGGGGUAGAAGAAAGUCUUCUAAAAACUCCGAACACGAAACAAGUGCAAUGUCAGCACUUGCCAGCUCAUAGAGCUCCAAAAGCGUGAAGAAAUUAAUCAGUGCAAAUUAAGUCGUGCUUUUGGAACGAAGAGGGGUAGUUGGGGCCUGCCAUUCUGCACUGUGAAUUGAUUCCAAUUUAUUUCUAUACGCUUUCCAUUCCGGUCUACAGAAGCUACAAGAAAAAUUGGUAUAAAGAACGUGUGCGGCGUAGGAACGGGUAACUUAAAUCGGUUCCGGACCCCCCAAGAAAAUCUUAAGGCAGGCGAUUGUUGCAACCAUUUUCGUGUGUUGGUUUAGAGUUCAGUGUUCAGUGGUUGUGUGAAUGAGAAAGCCCCCGAAAAUAAAGGAAAACUUCAAGGUUGAAGACACAACAACGGAGCUGGUGAAGAGUUGUUUUACAGUUGGACGACAGUGUAUCAACUAGGCCGCGAGCACAAUUUUGUUCAUCGAAACCAAAUGGCUCCCAACUUGAGUAAACUGGCCGGCAACCAGAACGUGGCCAUUGCCAUCGCUGGAUGUACUGCCGCCACCUGGAUCAUUCUUUACGGCAAGCAAAUCCACAAUGCCCGCAAACAACGACCCGAAGACGAAAUCCAGUACAUUAUCAGCGACAAGAAGGAAAAACGCGCCACCAGAGCUCACGUGAACUCAGUUUUCUUCAAACAGCUGCGAACACUGCUGAAAAUCAUCAUUCCGAAAAAAUGGAGCAAGGAAAAUGGACUACUACUAGUGAUAGCUGCAGCACUGAUUGCAAGAUCGAUCAGCGACAUAUGGAUGAUCCAAAAUGCUACCGCCAUCGAGAGUACCAUCAUCACCAUGAACAAAAGUCAGUUCCGGACGGCUUUAGUGAAAUACCUGUCGGCCCUGCCAGCAAUCGCAGUGGUGAACAACGUAUUGAAAUGGAGCAUCGGGGAGCUGAAGUUACGGUUUAGAACGAACCUAUCGCAAUAUUUAUACACAGAGUACCUGAAAGGAUUCACCUACUACAAAAUGUCUAAUCUGGACAAUCGGAUAGCGAACGCCGACCAGCUGCUAACAACAGACAUCGACAAGUUCUGCGAGAGCGUUACCGAUCUCUAUUCCAAUAUCUGCAAACCGAUGCUGGACAUUGUGAUAUAUGUGUACCGAUUGACGACCAAUUUGGGCGGAACGACGCCGGGCAUCCUGUUGCUGUAUCUGUUUUUCUCCGGCGUAUUCUUGACGAAUCUGCGCAAACCCACCGGUCGGUUGACCGUGAUGGAGCAGAAACUGGAAGGCGAGUUCCGAUAUGUUAACAGCCGACUCAUCACGAAUUCGGAAGAAAUUGCCUUCUACAAGGGAAACAAUCGCGAGAAGCUUACAAUUUUGGCAAGCUUCAACAAGUUGGUAGCCCAUCUGCGAAAGUUCUUAGAAUUCCGUGUUGGCAUGGGCAUAAUCGACAACAUGGUAGCCAAAUACAUCGCUACGGUGGUUGGAUUCUAUGCGGUGUCACUUCCGUUCUUUGAGAAAGAUCAUCCUCUGCUAACAGGAAGCCAUUCUGGUGAACGGUUAAGUAAAUAUUACACCUACGGUCGAAUGUUGGUCAAACUGGCGGAAGCCAUCGGUCGAUUGGUCCUGGCCGGGCGAGAAAUGUCACGGCUAGCCGGUUUCACAGCCCGCAUGACUGAGCUGACCGUGGUGUUGAAGGAACUAAACUCAGGUCGGUACGAGCGAACGAUGGUUAGCAAUUCCAGCGUAGCCGAUGCCGAUAUUGGCCCCGGCAAGGGACUGCUCAAGUUCCAGGACAAUCUUAUCCGGUUCGAACGGGUGCCCCUGGUUACCCCGAAUGGUGAUGUGCUGGUAAAGGAUUUGAACUUCGAAGUCAAAUCCGGUAUGAAUGUUCUGGUCUGUGGCCCGAACGGAUGCGGCAAGAGCAGCCUGUUCCGAAUUUUGGGUGAACUGUGGCCAACCUGGGGUGGCACCGUGACGAAACCGCCAGCCGGUAAACUUUUCUACAUUCCACAGAGACCGUACAUGACCUUGGGAACGUUGCGGGAUCAGAUCAUCUACCCGCACACCCACCAGGAAAUGAAACGGCGUGGCAAAACCGAUGCCGAUCUGCUUUCCUACCUGGACCUGGUCCAGCUGACGUACCUGCAGGUGCGGGAAAAGGGCCUGGAUGCGAUCGAGGAUUGGAUCGAUGUGCUGUCUGGGGGAGAAAAGCAGCGCAUCGCCAUGGCCCGACUGUUCUACCACAACCCGCAGUUCGCCAUCCUGGACGAGUGCACUUCGGCCGUGUCCGUCGACGUCGAGGGUAGCAUGUACGAGUACUGCCGAAAGGUGGGCAUCACGUUGUUCACCGUUUCACAUCGCAAAUCGCUCUGGAAGCACCACGAGUACUACCUCCAGUUCGAUGGACAUGGUGCGUUCGAUUUUGCCCCGAUCGAUGGAAACGAACAACAGUUUGGAUCGUAAGAAUCCGACCGGGCCGCGAAAGUCGCACAGAUCGAUUGGCGAUCUUCUUUCUCGGGUGUGUGUUUGUGAUGCAUGAGUGUUAUUUUGUUGAUUGUGCAUGAGGUUGGAUGAACCAUAGCUAGCCAGCGAUUUAGCAUAUUUGAAUUCAUAACGGUAUAAGGGUGAUAGAUGAGGUUCCCGGAAUGCGGUGCAGGAUACCCGGUUAUGUGUAGCUUAUUCCUACUACCAAGUGGAGCGGAGUUAAGUAGACGAGUUUUAUCUACUAGGCAGCGAAAGUGCGUUUGAAAACACAAAGCGAAAAGAAGGCUAUUAGAGGAUUUCUUUCAAUUCGAAACAAUAAGAAUAAAACAGUUAACAGCACAGCUUAGGUUUAUUUUUGCUUCCUAUUGUUCCAGUAGCAGGUAUACUUUUUGUUGUUCAGCAAUGUAAUCCUUGAAUGUUAUUUUACAAUUUAUUACGAAAUAAAGAUACCAUUUGUUUUGUAACAAGUA